ACGUGACCAGGGGCGUGCAGCGGCCGCCCGGGAGGACCCGGCGAGAGGCGGCGGCGGGAGCGGCGGUGAUGGACGGGUCCGGGGAGCAACCCAGAGGCGGGGGGCCCACCAGCUCUGAGCAGAUCAUGAAGACAGGGGCCCUUUUGCUUCAGGGUUUCAUCCAGGAUCGAGCAGGGCGGAUGGGGGGAGAGACACCCGAGCUGGGCCUGGAGCAGGCGCCCCAGGAUGCAUCCACCAAGAAGCUGAGCGAGUGUCUCAAGCGCAUUGGAGAUGAACUGGACAGUAACAUGGAGUUGCAGAGGAUGAUCGCGGCCGUGGACACAGACUCCCCUCGAGAGGUCUUUUUCCGAGUGGCGGCCGAAAUGUUUUCCGAUGGCAACUUCAACUGGGGCCGGGUCGUUGCCCUUUUCUACUUUGCCAGCAAACUGGUGCUCAAGGCCCUGUGCACCAAGGUGCCCCAGCUGAUCAGGACCAUCAUGGGCUGGACAUUGGACUUUCUUCGAGAGCGGCUGCUGGGCUGGAUCCAGGACCAGGGUGGUUGGGACGGCCUCCUCUCCUACUUUGGGACACCCACGUGGCAGACAGUGACCAUCCUUGUGGCCGGAGUGCUCACCGCCUCACUCACCAUCUGGAAGAAGAUGGGAUAAGGCCACCAGCUGCCUUGGACUGUGUCUUUUCUGCAUAAAUUAUGGCAUUUUGGGAGAGGGGUGGGGAUUGGGGGCCAUGGGUGUUUUUCUUACUUUUGUAA